AUGCAUCCAGCAUUAUCCAUAGACGAAAUUUUAUGCCGAAUAUUCUACUUUUGCUCCGAAUACGACCAACGAUCUUUACUGUUUGCAGCGCAAACAUGCAAAGCCUGGACAGAUCCUGCGCUUGAUUUGCUUUGGAGACGAUUGCACUCCCUCGGACCUUUAUUACUAUUACUCCCAGGAAUCACAAUAUCGAACGAUGAAUACAUCUAUACAGACUCAGGCUCCACGGGUGACCUCCGUCUAUUCAAUUCAUAUGCACGCCGAGUCAAACAUAUCAGCAACAAACAAAGACUUAGAAUCAAUCCAUCAAUGACCUCACGACUACGCUCUGCCUACACCAACGGGACACAACUGUCAAAUCUCACAACUGCCCACAUAUCCAUCCACAAAACUAAUUCAUUCUUGCUGCCAUAUCAUAUAUCUUCAAAACUUAGUCGCCUCAACAUUGACAUCGGUUUUCAACGGCAAGAGGCUGACAUUUUUGCAGUCUUAUGUGAAUAUCUUGAACAUGUACAUUUUCUUUGUGACGACCUCCGCCACCUCAGUCUCCGCGGACUCGCUGAUAAACGUUUAAAUGAAGUCAUCGCUGGAAUGCAACGCCUUGAAACCAUUUCCCUUCGACUGGGACGAACACUGUCAUUGGAAACUGUCACUGCUAUCAAGACCUUUCCAUAUCUAACGGAGCUAGAAAUUCAUGCAGGCCAUCUAGCAGUGGACCUCUCAGACGAAAUAUACCAAGCUAAUAACCUACAAUCUUUUCCAUCUCUGAAAAAACUGACGAUCCGAGCACAAUCACCUCUAAUAGAAAAUCUUAUCCAGUGCGUUCAAAAUAAUACCCUAAAUUAUCUUCAUAUCGAAUUGGAGGAUUCCACUUCACAUUCGUCCUGGGACACCAUUUUUACCUCAAUCACCCUCAAAGCAUCUCUUACCCUCCACCAUCUAUCAUUAGAGCAUCAUUACGAAAUACCGGAACAGCCUAUAUUUAUCGCGUCUGGCGCAACUCACAGUACUCAGGGUACGGACCCCACCGAUACUUCUAUGCGCUUCGAUACUCUGCAAAUUUUAUCUAAACUUAAAUCUCUUCGUCAUUUCACACUGGACCUCACACUUCCAACAAUUACGUCCGAUGACGUUGUCGACAAGAUCAUCUCUUGGUGGCCAAACCUUGAGCACUUCGAAUUGGGAUUAUUCUCUCAGGUUGAUGAUAUCACAAAUAUUACGAAUUCGGUAAAGAUAUCGACCGCUGUCCUCCCCUUGUUCGCUUCUAAGUGCCCCAAACUCAAUCGCCUCAUAAUACCGUUAGCGAUUGAUGAAAUACCGGUGUUAUACCCACUCCCGUGGAUCCCUUUGCCCAGUGAACUCCGCAACCUUACCAUUGCUCGACUGAAUACCCCGGACCCAAUUGAACUUGGUCAAUUUCUUCGAAAACUGUUCCCCAACUUGGAACGUCUGGAGGGUCCUUGCGAUGAUGCUCAAAUGUGGAUCGAUGUCAACAACAGGUUGUGA